AUGGAUGAAAGAAGAGCUGGAACGAGGGUUUUCAAAAAGACAAGUCCGAAUGGCAAGAUUACAACCUAUUUGGGGAAAAGAGAUUUCAUCGACCAUGGGAAUUUUGUUGAUUUAAUAGAUGGUAUGGUUUUAAUCGACGAAGAUUAUAUCAAGGAAAACAGAAAGAUUACUUCCUAUCUUCUGGCAGCAUUUCGUUAUGGUCGCGAAGAUUUGGAUGUGUUAGGUUUAACUUUCAGAAAAGACUUGAUCUCGCAGACUUUUCAGGUAUAUCCAGUGGAUACUGUACAUCUUCGACCGUUGACACGACUACAGGAGAGGUUGAAAAAAAAAUUAGGAACCAAUGCAUAUCCAUUUUGGUUUCAGAUUCCCACUCACUCAGCAUCAAGUGUAACCUUACAGCCUGCUCAGGGUGACACAGGAAAACCGUGCGGAGUUGAUUUCGAGUUGAAAACAGUUGUGGAAUCUCCUGAGGGCAGUAGUGUCGAUAGACGAAAAAAGCAUAAUAGUGUGCGCUUGGCCAUAAGAAAAUUAACUUAUGCACCGUACAGAAAUCGUCCUCAGCCAACUAUCGAAGUAACCAAAGAGUUCAUGAUGAGUUCCGGCUCGUUACAUUUAGAAGCAUCACUCGAUAAAGAGAUGUAUUAUCACGGUGAGUCAAUAGCAGUGAAUGUUCACAUCCAGAACAACAGUAACAAGACGGUGAAAAAAAUUAAAGCCUGCAUUGCUCAGAUUGCUGAUAUAUGCCUUUUUACUACUGCAUCCUAUACAUGUGAAGUUGCAAAAAUUGAGUCAACUGAAGGCUUUCCUGUGGGACCAGGAGCAACAUUAUCUAAAGUUUAUACUCUAUGCCCAUUACUUUCGAACAAUAAAGACAAACGUGGUCUUGCUUUGGAUGGACAAUUGAAACAUGAAGACACCAGUUUGGCUUCAUCGACAUCUUUGUCGUCAGAGACAACAAAAGAAAAUCUUGGAAUUGUUGUACAGUAUAAAGUAAAAGUGCGUUUAAGUAUUAGUGGUCCACUUGGAGGGGAAUUAACUGCUGAAUUGCCUUUCACGUUGACACAUCCGAAGCCUUUGGAAAGCAUUGAAGAGCGACGUGACCAACAGAGGACAAAGAGUCCGCCAAACAAUGAAGGACUUAAUGUGGAUCUUAUACAGCUUGAUACUUUUGAUUUUCCAAGGGUCGAGGAUGAAGAUAUUAUUUUUGAAGAUUUUGCUCGAUUACGAGUUCGAGCAGCUAAUCAUGAUGAUCCUUUCGAGCCAUCCUGA